AUGCCGCCUCAGCCGGACGGGAUCCCCGGCACAAGCGACAUGCCUUUCUUCUCGAGCCUGCACGGGAGGGAGCGUCGCGCCCUCCGUGGAAUAGCCCGGAUUGAUCUGCAAUCGGCUGUCAAGUACGGGAAGAAGCAGCAGGCCUCGCCGGACCGCGCUACGGGUGCCCGCAGGUGGAGGUACACCCACGCGAACAUUGUGUACAUCACCGAUGAAACAUCCACGAAGGAGAUCACCUGCUACGCGAAACCAAACUCUCUUCCGCGGGCCAACUUAACCCUGGAGCACAUCCGGGAUCAUGAAGCCGCCAAAAGCCGCUUGAAGGCAGAUCCUUCCUUGUGCACAUCGCACACCGUCAUCGUCGUGGACCAGUCCGGAUCCAUGAGGACGUGCGACGUUGAGGACUUCCGCACCCGCUCCAACGCCGUCUUUGGAGUGCUAGCCAUGGAUUUCGUGGCCAAACAGCGGCUGUCCGGGGAAGCCACGGACAGGGACACCGUCUCGCUGAUCCUGAUGCGAGAUUCAGCGGAGGUUGUGUUCGAAAGGGAGCCCAUGGGCCUCGUCCUGUACAACAAGUUUGUCGGCCUCCACGCCCAAAACACGCCGCGGUCGCACGGCAUGUUCCUGCCGGCGCUGAAUACUGCGCAAGGGCUCCUCAAGAGACAUGUCCAUGGCGGGUGCGGCUUGUCGCUCAUGUUUCUCUCCGACGGUCGGCCUAGCGAUCGUAGGCUUUCUUCUCCGAUGCGGGCGAUUACGGACCAGGUGCGAUCUCUGGCGGAGGGCUAUGGCCAACAGCUCUCGGUCUCAACUCUGGGGUUCGCUAGCAGACAGCAAGACUUCUCCGUCCUCGAGGCCAUGGCCGACACGGCGCAAGCCGCAGGAGCGCACGGGACGUUCUACCGACCAGAGCUUUCUGCAGAGGGACUGGGAACCGCUAUCGCUGGCUCUUCGUCGUCCGUGACGGCUGUCAAGUCGAGCCUCACGAGGUUGGCAACGAAGGACGGGCGGUCGCGACAGCUACGGAAGGUGGAGAGGGAAUCCGCGGGGGCUAAGUGGGGCCACGACCCUACGACGAUAGAAACGGGGGACGGCUGGGUGGUGUACACGGACGAAGUUCAGCGAUUCGAGUUCUCGUACAAAGGGAUGCGCUUCUCCAAGGACCCUUGGGUCACGGCCAAGCCCUUUUCUGAGGAGGCCAACGCCAUUGCCCUUCGGAAACGGGCUCUGGGAGAGGGGUCCGAGCGUUUGGUGUUCGGAUUGCAGGAAGUGAGCUCUCGCACAGGCAAAUUUGUUGGGCCGAAGCUGGUCGCCAAGGAGAGCAGCUACGUGAACGACGACAACCUCAAGAUGGCCUUUCACGAGUCGUUCGCCAAGACGCAGCACACCUCGAAGCUUCUCGCGGUCAAGUUCAACGAGAGGGUGCGAGAGCGCACGAGCAUCCUCGGGGUACCCACCACCCAUAUCUGGGAGGUUUCAUUCAUCGACUGCUCCGUGUACCAGUUCCUGGAAGGGUCGAUUCUGCGAGGGGUGUUGGUCGAAAAGAUGCUGGAGCCUGCCUGUCGCUACACGAAGUGGAACGGCAACAAUGGGUACGUGCGCAGCGCGUUUGGAACCCCUCCGGUCACCCCAGAUGAGGGGGAAAUUGCAAGGCAGGUUCGGGUGGAAGGGAUGAUGGAGGUUAUUCUGGAGGGCGACGAGGAGGACGGUGACGGGUUGGCUACCGCGGGUUCAAAAGACAAAACACCAGCAGGCUCUUCGGCAGCGGUGGCGGGCGGCGAAGCUAGCGCCGAAGUCGGCGGCGGCGCUGCCACUGCCUCCGCCGCAACCGGUUCCAUUUGGGGGAAACGGCCGCUGCCAACUACCACCGCUGACGACGCUAACGGUGGCGACGGCGCUCGCGCUCAUGACCACGCCCCUCUACACCACGGCUUGGUGUCAUGCUCUUUCGCUCCCAAAGCGGAGUGCUACCCGCAGGCGUUCUCCCACUUCUCGUUCUGGCAGUCUCGCCGCCGGAUGCUGGUUUGCGAUCUGCAGGGAGUGCUAUCAAGCAGCGGCGCCGGGGAGGACCGCGCGGGAGUUUUCGAGUUCACGGACCCCGUGAUCCACUACAGGUCCAAGUCUGGACGGACCCAGGUUUACGGGAAAACUGACCUCGGCAGGAGCGGUAUGAACCGGUUCUUCGAGACCCACCGGUGCAACGACGUUUGCCGGCUGCUCGGCAUUGGAGAGUAG